AUGUCCAGCGGCUCGCAAUCGCCAGCAGAGGUCACCGGUCCAACAGCAUUCUGGAUCCUCGCCUCUCUAGCAUCAGCAGCAGCAGCUCAACCGUCGGGCAAUCGAAAAAGAGACAAUGACAUCUUCGGAGGCAAUGUCGAUAUUGUUCGCUCCAUCCCCGCCGUCUGUCUCAUCGAUUCCAUAUUUGACUUGUUUGUACUGGCCCGAGGUAUUUCGAGAUUUCUCUCGUCACAUAAUUCCACUCGACAGACUCGUCGCAACUCACCAAAAGCGACUGGUCUGGUCAUCAGAUUAGCCUUGACAAUAUUUACCGUCCUCCCACAGACUAUCAAAGUAUUUAGUCUCCAAGGCGUACCUGCGACGCAAGUUUGUGCUUUUAUCUUCUUCUUUGCCAAUAUUACGAAGCUCCUGGUAUCCAUUUGUGGAUGGGAGCCAGAAGGGAUCCUCCGAGAACAGGAUGAUUCAACUUCAAUCGAUGUCUUCCUGUCGUCAGCACUUCAAGCGCCAUUCGAGUUCUGGAUAUGGUUCAAUAUCAGCCGACAAGCCUCUUUCAAACUCUCUAGUGAGCUAGAAAAUCUUUGCGACUGGGCCACGAUCGUUGUUAGUUCCUCCAUGGUAUUGCAGGUUAUCAUAUGGAUUGCGUAUUUGGUUGCGCGACGACGCAUAGACCUCUCAAGAUCACUUUAUAUCGUACCUAUGCGAGGCUUUUACUUAUUGAUGGUGGUUCUUGGGCUUACAAGGCACCCAUCUGGAAGGAAUGCAUCGCAAGCGACGAUUAAGCCGCCACCGGGGUGGAUGGACCUAUUCAAUUAUAGUUCGGGCUUAAUCAUCUGUACCGCCAUUGUCAGCAUAGCUAUUGCGAAGCUACUGGAAUCGAUAGGAACUCUCUUAACAGUUUUAUUGUCCCGUGGCAGCGCAGAAGAAGAACAGAACGGGGAAUUGGAGGUGCAGUCCAUCUCGGGUGAAGAUAGUGCAGAGGAGCAGGAAGAGACUAGGGAUCGUCUGUUUGCGGGUCAACCAGGGGCUUGGAUGGGAAGGAUAGGCGUUGCUCCAGAUCAAUUGGUUGUACGGGGCCUCACUUUGAACACGACAACCAGUACGAGCAUUACACUGACAGUGUUCAACCUUAUCACUACCAUCUUCUACUAUCUCGUGUACUUUGAUGGGACUGGGACAGUAAACCCCAGUUGGACAAGUGUCUUAGGGUAG